AUGGCGGCGGCGGCGCCCGGCGCCGCCAAAGACGGCGGUGUACCUCAGCGCUGGGAGGACGUGUUCGACAACGGGGGCGACGAGGAGGCCAUGGAGCUGUUCAUGACCCUGCUGCUGCGCGACGCCCGGGCCGAGUACGCCCAGCAAGCCCGGAAGGAGGAGGAGGAGGAGGAGCGGCGCGCGCGCGUCUUCGAGCCGUGGCAGCCGCCACCGCCCGGCUCAGCUCUGCCGCCGCCGGUGGCGGCGCCGCCCCGGGUGGAGCGAACCGUUGUGCUGGGCCUGCGCGCGCCGCCGCACCUGCUGCCUCGAAAGCAUGAGAAGACGACGACGACGACGCCGGGCCCGGCGGCGGACCUCGGGCGUCCCGCCAAGAACACCCGUGGCGGCCUGUAG